GAAUGCGGCUCUUUAUAAUCCUGGGCAAGGGGAGGGAAUAAGGAAGGAGCCGGGCAGCUCUGGGCUGCCUCCGGUGCGGUUGGUGCUCGCUCUGCGGUUGCAGCCAUAGCUGGCUCAAGAGGCGAUACAUAGUAGCUAGCAGCAGCAAUCCCACAAGUGGUUUGUGUGCUGCCGCUGCAGGAGGAGCUGAUCGGGGCAGCCAGUCCGCCGGAGGGAGCUGCGCUGGCGGCGAGAGCCGAAGGAGGAGCGUCUGCCCGGGGAGGAGCGGGCGAAGAAGUGCAGUGACUUCGGGGAGAGGCUGUGCCCGGCUGCCAGCAGAGCCGCUCGCCAGGUGGUCACUUCCCUGCAGGUGAAGCCAGCCCAGCCCAGCGCGCGGGGAAGGGGCGCGCAAUGGUGCCCUUGGCAGGCACCCGGCGGGACUGCGCUGCCCUCCCGGCUCUGCGAGCUCACGGCAGCUGCUAAGCCGGGACUGUCUCCGCUUUCCCCGCCCAGCGGCGGGCUGCAGGACUCGGAGCCUCCGGCGGCGAGGGAUAGGGCGGCAGGGCGAGCACGGAGGGCGGCGCAGCAUGGCAUCUGCUUAGCCCCGGCGAGCGGCACCAGCAGAGCCGGGGACGCGGCGCGGGGCUCCGCAGGGAUGAGCGACAGCAGCGAGGGGAUCAGCUUCUCGGUGCCCAGCCCGCCGGGCGGCGGCUGCCUACACGAGGAGGGGCUCGGCGGGGUCAGCCGGAGAGCGCCAGGGGCCGACGGGGGCGCCCGGAGCCUCCUCCCCGCCCCGGCCGCGCCGCCAGCCGGCACCUACUGGAAUGAGGACAGCGGCGCUGCCUGCCCCGUGGCGGGGACUGGAGCCCGAGCCAAGGGCGGCUGCACCAGGAGAACCACGGUGUCCUACGUGAUCAACGAGGAGAGCCAGGGGCUCCUGGUGGCGGCGGAGAGCGGGGCCCUGCAGAGCCUGCGGGAGGCGUGCGAGGCGGUCGGGGCCUCCCUGGAGACCUUGCACUUCGCCAAGCUGGACUUCGGGGAGACCACGGUGCUGGACCGCUUCUACAACGCAGAUAUUGCAGUGGUGGAGAUGAGUGACGCUUUCCGUCAGCCUUCCUUAUUCUACCACCUGGGAGUCAGAGAGAGCUUCAGUAUGGCCAACAACAUUAUCCUCUACUGUGAUACAAAUGCAGACUCUCUGCAGUCGUUGAAGGAAAUUAUUUGCCAGAAGAAUAAUAUGUGCACUGGUAACUACAUAUUUGUUCCAUAUAUGAUAACCCCACAUAACAAAGUGUACUGCUGUGAUAGCAGUUUUAUGAAGGGAUUAACGGAGCUAAUGCAGCCCAGUUUUGAAUUGCUCCUUGGGCCAAUAUGUUUACCUUUGGUGGAUCGCUUCAUUCAACUCUUGAAGGUGGCACAGGCCAGUUCAAGCCAAUAUUUCCGGGAGUCCAUUCUUAAUGAUAUCAGGAAGGCCCGCAACCUGUACACAGGCAAAGAGCUAGCUGCAGAGCUGGCAAGGAUACGACAGCGAGUGGAUAAUAUUGAACUCUUGUCUGCGGACAUCAUAAUAAAUUUGCUGCUGUCCUACAGAGACAUUCAGGAUUAUGAUUCCAUUGUGAAAUUGGUGGAAACUUUAGAAAAGCUGCCUACCUUUGACUUGGCCUCCCAUCACCAUGUGAAGUUUCAUUAUGCAUUUGCACUAAACAGGCGAAAUCUACCCGGAGAUAGACAGAAAGCUUUAGAAAUUAUGAUACCCCUGGUACAACAUGAAACUCAGGUAGCUUCAGAUAUGUACUGCCUGGUGGGACGAAUCUACAAAGAUAUGUUUUUGGACUCUGGCUUUACAGACAUAGAAAGCAGAGACAAUGGGACAUCCUGGUUCAAGAAGGCGUUUGAGUCGGAGCCAACAUUGCAAUCGGGAAUUAAUUAUGCAGUACUCCUACUGGCAGCUGGACACCAGUUUGAUACUUCUUUUGAGCUACGGAAAGUUGGGGUAAAGAUCAGUAGCCUGCUUGGUAAAAAGGGGAAUUUGGAGAAGCUGCAGAGUUAUUGGGAAGUCGGAUUUUUCUUGGGCGCCAGUGUCCUGGCCAAUGACCACCUAAGAGUGAUCCAGGCUUCAGAAAAGCUAUUUAAGCUAAAGACACCGGCAUGGUACCUCAAGUCUAUUGUAGAAACUAUUUUGAUAUAUCAGCAUUUUAAGAAAUUGAAUCCAGAACAACAUGUUGCCAAACAGGAACUUGUGGACUUUUGGAUGGACUUCCUAGUUGAAGCCACAAAGACAGAUGUGUCUGUAGUUAGAUUUCCAGUUUUAAUAUUAGAACCAACAAAAAUUUACCAGCCUUCAUAUCUGUCCAUCAAUAGCGAGGCGGAGGAGAAGACCAUAUCUAUCUGGCACGUCCUACCUGAUGACAAGAAAGGUAUUCAUGAGUGGAACUUCAGUGCUGCUUCUAUCAGGGGAGUAAGUAUUUCAAAGUUUGAAGAGCGAUGCUGUUUUCUUUAUGUACUGCAUAACUCAGAUGACUUUCAAAUCUAUUUCUGCACAGAACUGCAUUGCAAGAGGUUUUUUGAUAUGGUGAAUAGUAUCACUGAAGAUAUAGGGAAAAACACAGAGGAAGGGGAAUGUGAUGGAGAUUCUGUAGAGUAUGACUAUGAAUAUGAUGAAAAUGGUGAGAGAGUCGUUUUGGGGAAAGGAACUUACGGCAUAGUUUAUGCAGGACGAGAUCUGAGCAAUCAAGUUAGGAUUGCCAUUAAAGAAAUCCCAGAAAGAGAUAGCAGGUAUUCCCAGCCUUUACAUGAAGAAAUCGCCCUGCAUAAGCAUCUCAAGCACAAGAACAUUGUGCAGUACUUAGGUUCCUUUAGUGAGAAUAGUUUUAUUAAGAUAUUCAUGGAACAGGUGCCAGGGGGCAGCCUUUCUGCUCUUCUGCGUUCAAAAUGGGGACCACUAAAAGAUAACGAGCAGACAAUUGGUUUUUACACCAAGCAGAUUCUUGAAGGAUUAAAAUACCUCCAUGAUAAUCAGAUAGUGCAUCGAGACAUAAAGGGUGAUAACGUGCUUAUCAACACAUACAGUGGAGUUCUAAAGAUUUCAGACUUUGGCACAUCAAAGAGACUUGCAGGGAUCAAUCCGUGUACUGAAACUUUCACUGGUACCCUUCAGUAUAUGGCACCAGAAAUAAUAGACAAAGGGCCACGAGGCUAUGGAAAAGCUGCCGACAUCUGGUCUUUGGGGUGCACCAUCAUUGAAAUGGCCACAGGGAAGCCUCCAUUUUAUGAACUGGGAGAGCCACAGGCAGCUAUGUUUAAGGUGGGAAUGUUUAAAAUACACCCAGAGAUUCCUGAAUCCAUGUCAGCAGAGGCCAAAGCCUUCAUACUGCGUUGCUUUGAACCAGACCCUGACAAGCGAACUUUUGCUAAUGAACUACUUGUAGAUGAGUUUUUAAAGAUUUCAAGCAAGAAGAGAAAAUCCCAAACAAAACUCUCAGCUCUUUCAGCUAACUCAAAUGAAUACCUUCGGAGCAUAUCUUUGCCUGUUCCUGUUCUGGUAGAAGAUACGAGCAGUAGCAGUGAAUAUGGCUCUGUUUCACCUGACACAGACUUAAAAAUUGAUCCAUUCUCUUUCAAAUCAAGAGCCAAAUCGUGUGGAGAAAAAGAUGCAAAAGGAAUCCAGUCCCUUUUUCUGAGCAUCCCAGAUGAGAAUUUUGAGGAUCAUAGUGCUCCUCCUUCACCUGAAGAGAAAGAUUCUGGGUUCUUCAUGCUAAAAAAGGACAGUGAACGGAGAGCCACUCUCCACAGAAUAUUAACAGAGGACCAAGAGAAGGUGGUGAGGAACUUAAUGGAAGCCUUAGCUCAGGGAGCUGAAGAACCCAAACUAAAAUGGGAGCACAUUGCAACUCUCGUUGCCAGCCUCAGAGAAUUUGUAAGGUCAACUGAUCGCAAAAUCAUUGCUACCACUCUUUCAAAACUGAAACUGGAAUUAGAUUUUGACAGUCACGGUAUUAGUCAAGUCCAGUUGGUGCUAUUUGGUUUUCAAGAUGCUGUCAAUAAAGUUUUACGAAAUCACCACAUCAAGCCACACUGGAUGUUUGCCUUGGACAGCAUAAUUCGAAAAGCUGUGCAGACUGCUAUUACUAUUCUGAUCCCAGAACUGAGGCCACACUUUAGUCUUGCAUCUGAAAGUGAUACAGCAGAUCAGGAUGACAUAGAAGUUGAAGAAGAUCAUGAUGAACAGCCUCAGAAUCAAAAUAUUCAACGGCCUUGCAUUGUCAUAGAAGAUGCUAUAGCUACCUCAGGUGUGAGCACACUCAGUUCUACAAUGUCCCACGAUUCCCAGGCUGCUCAUAGAUCGCUGAAUGUUCAACUAGGGAGGCUAAAAUUAGAGACAAAUAGGCUACUAGAAGAGUUAGUGCAGAAGGAGAGAGAAUUUCACGCCCUUUUGCAUCAAGCUAUAGAAGAAAAGGAUCAAGAGAUCAAAAACCUGAAGCUUAGAUCACAGCAAGUAGAUAUCCCUGGACUGUCUGUCUGUCACCUUAAUCCUUCUGGCACAGGGGUUGAAGACUCUGAUCUCAUAAACUGGCUGAGAGUUCAUGGAGCUGAUGAAGAUACUAUAAAUAGGUUUUUGGCAGAAGACUACACAUUAAUGGAUAUUCUCUGCUACGUUACACGAGAUGAUCUGAAAUGCCUGAGACUAAGAGGAGGGAUGUUAUGUACGCUCUGGAAGGCCAUCAGUGACUUUCGAGAGAAACAUGCUUGAUGCUGGCUAAAUCGGUUUCUACUUCUUUGCAGAGAUUUAGAGAUUUUCUGCAGCACAGAGCAGGUUUGCUGUCAGAGAGAGUGUUGCACUUUAAUCCAGUAUUUGUUUACCAAUGUUAAAAACACUGCAGCUCUUGACUGCAUUUACUCCGACAAUCCCUAAGAAGUCUGUAAACACCCUUUUACAUUACUUUAGUUUUAAAUGAUUUUACAUGGAAGCUUUUUUAAAAUCUUAAAAUCUGUUGUAGAUAAAGUAACCAGAUGGUAAUUUUACACAAAACUUAUGUAAGAUUUCAUGUGAUUGUGCAUCACUGGAACAAAACCAAAAUGUGACAAUCUUUCAAGUUUAUUCUUCUUUGUUAUAUACCAUAAUAAUCUGUAGUAGAACUUCAGAAUUUCAAUUAUCAUGUAAAGCUUACAUUUUUUCUUUUAAUGUGCAGAACCUAAAAGCAAUUGUUUUUACUUACUGCCCUAUAUAAAUUUUAAUAUUGUUUAUUUUUGGUAACUUAAGUUCCCUGGUCUACAGUACAUUUGUUUUAGAGUUGUUUAUGUACUACUGAACUGUACCAGUUGUAUAUGCCUGAACCAUAGUAAUGUUAGCUUGUUCUAAAGCUAUCUUUUGUGACAUACAAACAGAUGUUCUUAAAAAUAAAGAAUCUAAGAAUACAA